UGGCCCCCCUUCUUCCUCCCACCCCACCGUCCCAUGCAGCACAUCUGCAGCUGGGCUUGCAAUUUGAACGAGAGCCAGGUCUGGGCUGGGCCAGGAUAAGGGGGUGGGGAGGAGAGGGAGGCCUGGAGGAAACCGGGAGGAGAGGCAGAGAGAGACUGAGGACCAAGCGGACCAAAGGACUCUCUCUGGGCAUGGUCUUCAGCUUGCAAGGUCCAGAAGAAGAGGUGGCCUCAGGGGAAGCAGGAAGGUCAGCUGGACUUGGGGGGCUUUGUCCCGGCCGCGCCAUCUGCGGUUCGCUGGCACCGCCCGUGAAGAAGAGCCAGAAAAGUGAUGUGAAGAUGUCAACGCUUGUGGAACCAGCAAUGCACACUCUCCAGAUUGGUGCAAACAGAGAGCGAUCCCGCACCCCAUCUCCCCAAAACUCUCCCCGACUCCACAACGAAAGCUGCAACAUCGCCCCUCUGACGCCGUCCCAGUCGCCGAGGAAUGAAAUCCGGAUGCGCCAAACCACUCCCUUCUCUGUAGUGGUAGCCAUCGACUUUGGGACCACGUCCAGCGGCUACGCCUUCAGUUUUGCCAGUGACCCAGAGGCCAUCCACAUGAUGAGGAAAUGGGAAGGCGGAGACCCAGGAGUAGCCCACCAGAAGACCCCCACCAGCCUCCUCCUGACUCCGGAUGGCAGUUUCCACAGCUUUGGCUACACCGCCAGGGACUACUACCACGACCUGGAUCCUGACGAAGCUCGCGACUGGCUGUACUUUGAGAAGUUCAAAAUGAAGAUCCACAGCACUAGCGACUUAACCAUGAAAACCGAACUGGAAGCAGUGAAUGGGAAGAAGGUGCAGGCUCUGCAGGUCUUUGCGCAUGCUCUCCACUUCUUUAAGCGACAAGCACUGCAGGAACUGAAGGACCAGUGCCCAGCCUUGCCAGAGAAAGAUGCCAUCCGGUGGGUGAUCACAGUGCCGGCCAUCUGGAAACAGCCUGCCAAGCAGUUCAUGAGGGAGGCUGCCUACCUGGCUGGGCUGGUUCCUUCAGAAAACCCUGAGCAGCUCCUGAUUGCGCUGGAGCCAGAAGCAGCCUCCAUCUACUGCCGCAAACUCCGCCUCAACCAGCUGAUCGACUUGAGCUACAAGCCCCAGGCCAACGGACUCAUGUCGGAUCUGUCCAUCGAUUCCAGCUUCAGGCAGGCCCGAGAACAACUCCGCCGUUCCAGACACAGCCGCACCUUCCUGGUCGAGUCCGGGAUGGGAGAGCUCUGGUCCGAAAUGCAGACAGGGGACCGCUACAUCGUUGCCGACUGUGGCGGAGGGACGGUCGAUCUGACCGUGCACCAGAUUGAGCAGCCGCAGGGGUCCCUCAAGGAGCUCUACAAAGCGUCAGGAGGUCCUUACGGGGCCGUGGGGGUGGACUUGGCCUUCGAGAAACUUCUCUGCCAGAUCUUUGGCGAGGACUUCAUCGCCACCUUCAAGGCCAAGCGCCCGGCGGCCUGGGUCGACCUGACCAUCGCGUUCGAGGCCCGCAAGCGGACGGCUGCCCCGCACCGCGCCAACUCCCUCAACAUCUCCCUGCCCUUCUCCUUCAUCGACUUUUACCGGAAGCACCGGGGACAGAACGUGGAGACGGCUCUGAAGCGCAGCAGCGUGAACCUGGUGAAGUGGUCCUCGCAAGGGAUGCUGCGCAUGUCCUCUGAAGCCAUGAACGAGCUCUUCCAGCCAACCAUCAGCCAGAUUAUCACACACAUCGGUGACCUCAUGAAGAAGCCGGAAGUCAAAGGUAUCAAGUUCCUCUUCCUGGUGGGAGGUUUUGCCGAGUCCUCGAUGCUGCAGCACGCGGUCCAGUCGGCCUUCAGCGCCGUCUGCCGGGUCAUCAUCCCGCAGGACGUGGGCCUGACCAUCCUGAAAGGUGCGGUGCUCUUCGGCCUGGACCCCACCAUUGUCCGCGUGAGGCGCUCCCCUCUGACCUACGGCGUGGGCGUGCUCAACAAGUUCGUGGAGGGCAAGCACCCCAGGGAGAAGCUGCUGGUCAAGGAAGGGAAGAACUGGUGCACCGACAUCUUUGAGAAGUUUGUCUCCGUGGACCAGUCCGUGGCGCUGGGCGAGGUGGUGCAGAGGAGCUACUGCCCCGCGCGGGUCGGGCAGCGGAAGAUCAUCAUCAACAUCUACUGCUGUGGCACCGACGACGUGGUCUACAUCACCGACCCCGGGGUCAGGAAAUGCGGUACCAUCAGCCUGGACCUGGAUGAGUUGGAGGAGCCCAGCUCUCCGAAGAAGAGCAGGAGGGAGAUCCGAGCCAGCAUGCAGUUUGGAGACACUGAGAUCAAGGUGGCAGCCAUGGACGUCCAGACGUCAAAGACCGUGAGAGCUUCUAUCGAUUUCCUUUCCAACUGAUGCCCUGGACAUUUGAGGCCUUGGAGGAGGUAGAAGAAGGGGUUUGGCUAAGGUCCUUCUCCUCCUCUCCUCUGUGGAUUUUUCUGGUUGAGUCAGGUCAGACUUGGGAAGAAAUCCAGCACAGGUCCAGAAACACAUCUUCGCUUCAACUCGCCAAAGAAAGGAAAGCUGGAAAACCAGGUGGACCCUUUCAUCUUUCCCAUCAUUAGUCUUGGUCUUUGGUGGUGGCAACUGGAUCACAGUCAUGUAUUAUCUUCUCAGGACUCCAGAAGAGAGCAGAGGGGUGGGCAGCUUUGCAGGCCAGCAGUAAAAAACGCCAAAGAGAGAAAUUCUGCUGCGGUUGGCCCCAUAACCUUCCCUUCCAUUUCCCUUCAGGUUUUGGAGAGACAAUUUUGCGUGCAAUGAUGGGCCUUGCAGAUGGGAUGGUCCAGGAUGCAGCAGCAGCAGCCCUUCAUUCAAGACCAUAAUUUAACUAACGGGGAGUUGGAAAUUUCACCUAGCAUCAUCAUCAUGGGAAGAUGAAAUACGAUAUCCACAUUCCAUUCAAUGCAACUCCCCCACUCCUAGGAAUUGCCAUAUUUCAAAAAGUAAAAACUAGGACAUUCCGGAAAACCCCAAAGUUGUUAAGCUGUUUCUUUUUCUUCUUUUUUACAAAAACACCAAAAAGUACCGCAAUUUUUCAACUCUCUUGCCUAAGAUCCAGGACAAAGCAAUGCCUUCCGGAAACAUGAAGUGUUUACAUAAUAAUAUCCUUAAAUAUUGUUGGGUUCACACACACACACACACACACACACAC